CCGUACUCCACAAGCGGCCACGUGACUCCUUCCACUCAAUCAGGCCGUCCUGUCUUUCCUGUGUGAGAGGAACGCGACAAAGCAAGACUUGCUGGUUUUACAGUGAUGAACUUGUUGGUACGGCAUUUAUGAAAGGUCUGGUAACUACAGACUCAUGGCAUCAAAUUCCAAUCUUGUUGCUGUCACCGGCUUUGGACCUUAUAGGAAUUAUAUUGUGAACUCCAGCUGGGAAGCAGUGAAGGAGUUAUCUAAACUUGGUCUUGGUGGUGAUGUAGAACUUCAGAUUAUGGAGCUUCCAGUGAAAUACAGUGAGGUGAUGAGGAAAGUGUGCAAGAUAUGGACAGACUGGCGACCACUGCUGUCUGUGCAUGUUGGAAUGGCCUCCUCAUCCAAAGCAAUCACCCUGGAGCAAUGCGGGAGAAACAAAGGCUACAUGGAAAAGGACCUCGGCGGUGCUCACCCACACGGCGGCUGCUGUUUGCUGGAAGGGCCAGAAAGAAUAGAGUCUGUCAUUAAUAUGAAAACCGUCUGCAAAAACAUUUCAUUGCCUGGGAUUGAUGUUAUCUUCUCCAGAGAUGCUGGGAGGUACCUCUGUGAAUAUGCCUACUACAUCUCUCUGCACUACGGACAGGGUAGGGCAGUUUUCAUCCAUGUGCCCCCAUUAACUAAAGCCCUAACAGCACAAGGACUGGCUCAAGCGCUGCAGCACAUUAUCCAGGAGAUGCUGACUCUGUGCGGCAAGAAAUCAGCCUAAUCAAAAAACUAUUUAUCUGCUCCAAAUCAGCAGCUCCCACAGGAUUUAAUGGGGAUCACAACACUGCAUUGCCCAGUGCAUUAUUAAUUUAAAAUGAUUUAAAGCUGUGUUUGUGGGACUCUUUCAGAUCACCCCCCCCCCCCCCCCCCAUAGCUCAUAACAUGUUUUCAGAUACAUUAAAACAUUUGCUCCAAGAAUAUCUCAGCAAGUAAGUUGUCACCCUUAAUCUCACCUUAACUGACCUUGAGGCUACGCCCCCAUUUCCAGUGCUCUCAGACCUCCAGAUUGAAGAGCCCUGCCGUUUGGAAACCACUGAUGUUGAAAUUGCAUGAAAGACUGAGCUCCUGCCAACCAACCACAACCAUAGGCAAUGUAUUAAAGCAAACAAUGUAAGAA